CCCUGUCUGUGGUUAAGCACAGAGCUGUAUCUGCUCUCUCUCUCUCUCUCUCUCUCUCUCUCUCUCUCUCUCUCAUUCAUUCGUACUCACAGGCUCACACUUCUGCUCCCUUCUCUCUCUCCCUCUCUCAGAAUGACGAUUCUAGGUAUAUCUUCUGGUAUGAUUUUCUGUUUACUUCAGGCUGUUUCUGGAGAAAGUGGCAAUGCACAAAAUGGAGACUUUGAAGAUGCAGAACUUGAUGACUACUCAUUCUGGUGCUAUAGCCAAUUGGAAGUGGAUGGAUCCCAGGACUCACUGACCUGUGCUUUUGAUGACCCAGAUAUCAACAGCACCAAUCUGGAGUUUCAAAUAUGUGGAGCACUGAUGGAAAUAAAUUGUCUGACUCUUAAUAAGCUGGAAGACAAAUAUUUCAUCAAGACAACGAAAUUUGUACUGGUUGGUAAAAGCAAUGUAUGUGUGAAGCUUAGAGAAAAGAAUUUGACUUGCAAAAGUGUGGAGAUAUUCAAGAUAGUUAAACCUGAGGUUCCCUUUGACCUAAAAGUUGUUUAUCGUGAAGAAGCAAAUGACUUUCUGGUGACAUUUAAUACAACACACAUGCAAAAAAUGUAUGUAAAACAGUUAAUGCAUGAAAUGGCCUACCGCCUGGAAAAAGAUGAAAACAAAUGGAUGAAUGUAAAUUUAUUCAACACAAGAGUGACACUCCCACAGAGAAAGUUACAACCUGAUUCAAUGUAUGAGAUUAAAGUCCGAUCCAUCCCACAAAACAAAUAUUUUGAAGGCUUCUGGAGUGAGUGGAGCCCAAGUUCUUACUUUAGAACUCCAGAGACCAAGAGUCCAGGAGGAUGGCAUCCUGUUCUGUCAACAAUCAGCAUUUCAAGUUUUUUCUCUGUGGUGCUGUUGGUCAUUUUAGCCUGUGCAUUGUGGAAAAAAAGAAUUAAACCUAUUGUAUGGCCCAGUCUCCCUGAUCAUAAGAAAACUCUGGAACAACUGUGUAAGAAACCUAAAAAGAAUUUGAAUGUGAGUUUCAAUCCUGAAAGUUUCCUGGACUGCCAGAUUCAUGAAGUGAAUGACGUUCAAGCUAGAGAUGAAGCGGAAAGCUUUCUGCAAAAUGCUCUCCCUCCACAACCUUGGGAUUCGGAGAAACAGGAUCAUGAAGCAGCUGAACACAGCCGAAACUUGCCACCUGAGAUGUCAGUCAGCAUACCCGAAACUUUCAGAGCAGAGUCACCCCUAAGAUGCCUGACUAGAAAUCUGAGUGCAUGUGAUACUCCUGUGUGCCCUUCUUCUAGGUCCCCACACUGCAGAGAUGAUGGCAGAAAUGGACCUCACAUGUGCCCAGGCUUGCUACUGAGCCCUGGAAUUGUAAACAGCACCUUGCCACCACCAUUUCCUCGCCAAUCUGGGAUCCUGACACCAGUUGCUCAGAGACAGCCCAUUCUCUCAUCCUCAGCAUCAAAUCAAGAAGAAGCAUAUGUCACCAUGUCCAGCUUUUACCAAAAUCAAUGAACUGUGAGAAACCCAAGACCCCUCCCUUUACAACCACUAUGAUAACUGGGAAUGGAUUUACUAGUGCCUAUGCCCCCUCAUGGCUCCCAGAAGAUAAAAUCAAUGCAGCCUUGCUACAUGGGCUUCAGGAUUCAGAGUUUUUCUCUCUUAGCCAAUAGCAUUCAUAUAAGACAGGAAGACUUUGAUUCUACCAUGUUGAUUUCAUCAUAAUAUUUCAGUUGACACAAUUAAAAUAUAUUUAAAAAUCAAGGCAUAAUAAAAUAAAGAAUAAAAGGAAGGAUAGAAGGAUGUGUGAGUGCAAGAAGGGAAGAAAGAAGAAAAUAAUGGCAAUGCCAGUGACUACUGUUAGGACUUACUGUAUAUCUAGUGCUGUGCUAAGUGCUCUACAUACACUGUGUUAAAUGAUCUAUACAUUUGGUCUCACUUCUUCUUCACAAUAAUAAUUGGAGGUGGGUACAAUUAUAACUGUUAUUCACUUUGUCAUAGUUGAUGAUGUGGAGCAUAUAGAGUUCAUGUAACUUGUUCAAGCUGACCUCAGUGACAGGUAGAGCAUUAUUCCAACUCCAGCCUCCCCAUACCAUAGGCCUUUCCUUUAUUAAGGAAUAGCCAACUCUUGGGUGCCAAACUUCACUAAUAAGUAAGUAACUGUAUGGUUAUUACUUGAACUGGGCCACUUUUGAAGGUGAAAGGGGAAGUUAUGAAUAAUUACUCCAUAUUAAUAAGCAUAAUUUUGAGCUGUCUCAGACAAAAAUGGAUCACCUUAAUUAAAGUCAGGAAGAGAGUAGGAGGCAAAAUGAACUCGUGGAUUUAUAAUACUAUAAACACAUGUCAAAGGAAGUAGAACAAAGAAAGAAAAUAACUUCCAGGGCCAUUUGAACAUUUUUUCUGAAAACAAACUCAGGAAGCAAUAAAUUAGAUUCCAAAAAUUUCCACAGUCACUUGUCAAGACCACAAUUCUCUUACUGCUAACACCUAUCUGCCUCUAUUCUGAUAAUAGAAAGGCAAAUUGUAACUCUACAACAUUGUGACAUUUAACCAAUGGUCAGGAGAAUGACCCCUUCUAUAUGUGUAGACACCAUUACAAAUUGCCCCAAGGUUUACAGCCUUCUAUGUUUCCAUGAACUUCAGUGAAUAGGGGCUAUGAACACCACAGAAUGUCCCAGCAGAGGCUAUGCUCAUGAAGACACAAAGAGGAUAGGUAAGUCACUUAAAUUCACUGGUUAAGUCAGGAUUGCAAGCCAGAUUUCCAUAUCCCUUAUGUAUAUAGAUUAUCUCCUGAAUGAAACAGAAAAUAUUGUAGGUUACCAUUGAAUUCUUUAGCUCUAAAAUCCUGUUUCAAUGAUGUGUGACAUCUGUUAUUUGAAUUUAGUGUAUCUGUUUAUUGAAGACAUGUAUUAUGUCUGUAUUAUAUUCAUAUAAUCAAAGCUGCUACUAAUGCUUGAUUUUAUACUCAGAGACAACACAUAACAUAAGAUUACUAAUUGAUUCUACCCAAUGCUGUAUUGUAUUUCAUAAAGAAAGAAAAACUUGUCAGAGACAUUUGUACAGCAGAGAUGUCCAUUGCUAGUUCUAAGUAACAUGAAAUAAAAAUGAGAAAUAGGCAACUAAUUUAAUCAGACAAUUAUGCCUGGGUUCAGGGAAGCUUCAGUCAUUCAAUUUAUUGUCUAUAAAGCUUUGUCUCUCUCAUCAAUGAGGCUUCCAUAGGAAUUUGUCCCCCCAAAUCCAAGAACGGGCUAUUUCAGAUGUGCAUACUUGUAUUUUCUUGGAGCUGAGGUUUGGAACUAUCCAAGAGAAUGGUAAGAAUAUGUAAUAAAGCACCUGAAAACGACAUCACUCAGAUGAUAAUCUUAUUAAAUCAGUGGUAUUUCUUCAAUGUUCUUUCAAAUAUCUAUCAUCCACUACAGUGAAGAUCUCUGAUUUGACUGUAUUUUUUGUAUGCAUUACCAAUAUUUUAUGGAGCUGCUGGAUAUAAAAAUGUAUGGUGUCUGUUACCAUUUCACAUUUAAUUAAAUCCUAAGGAACUUUU